ACCUUUGUGAUGCCCAUGGAGGGUGAUGGUGCGUUGUGCUUUACUCUCAAAUCAAGACAAGACCAAGUAUACAAGCUCAUUGAUGACCCAGUUGUAGGUUUGACUGUCAGUGGUCGCAUGGCAAGUGCCUACUUGACCAAUCACCUGCCCAAUGGGAAUGAGACCUUACCGCUUGUCCUCGACCUUCUGACCUUCCAAUAUGGUAGCCUUGAAGUCUCCCAAGAUGGCAUCGCCAUCGGCCCAACGGUCACCUUGCCCUGGACUGGGAGCUGGAAGGUCAAAGCGAAAGGCCUGAAAGUCUCAGUCAGGACUGGUCAACAGCUGACCGUCCGGGUCGGGUCGGACAUCACACUGGUCAUCCAGAAGCGAGUAGGGAACAGCUCAGAAUACAAGAGGGACUUCCUUGGACUUGAGAUUAAGAACGGCCAAGGCUUGUCUGAUCAGGUGGAUGGCAUCAUUGGCCAGUUUGAGCGUCGUGAGAUACGUCUGGAUGCCGACAGUGUGUCUGGAGAAGGUGACAGGAGGAGAGGUUCCCUCACGGUCGCUGGCCAGCGCCUGGACGUCUGCAUCUCAGAGAGGAUGGACCUUCGAGAGGACAGAGCCAGGGAGUGCUGGUGGUAUGCUGACAGCAAUAACAUCCUGGAGAACCCACUCAGGCACUACCGCACUUAAUCAUUAAGCCAACAGGAGACCUGAGGUUAAUGGAUAUAUUCAGGCUAAUAUUGCAUUUAGAGGUUCAUGAGGUUUUGAUAUUUAGUGAAAGAGUUUGAUAUUUUGUUGGAGAACCCACUGGGGCACUACCAUGCUAUCAGUAAAAUGCUUGAGGCUUAUUGAGGCAUUGACAAAUCACUUAUCUAACAGCAGACAUGAGAUGUAAGGAUAAUUUCAUGUAAUUUGAGGUAUUAAGAUGUUCAUGAGGUUAUGAUAUUUACUGAGAGAUUUUUUGAGGAUCGACGAAUCCGUAUGUAAAUCUAUGUAAAAGAGGCUUAAGGUCCCCUAAGGUGCCAGGCUUGAAGCAAAUUGAUUAUUGAGGUUCAUCACCUAUGUGUAUUUUUAGAGUCUUUAUCAAAACCAACUGUUAUUAUAAGCAUACUUUUGAUCGUUUUGACAUUUUUUGGUUAAAACUUAUUCUUGAUCAUUAUAUAGGUCAUAUAAUUGUAUAUUCUAUUUUUUUAUAAAAGCAUAUAUUCCAUUUGUAUACACUUUUUGUGUUGCAUUUAAUGGUACGUCUUAAGAACUUGUAAAUGAUUAUACAUGUAUUGCGAUUGUGUGCUCUUCACACAAAAAUUUAAACUUAAGGUCAAAGUCGUAUCCAAACUAGUUCUGUUUAGGCUAACUAAAUUUGAUGACAUGCACAAAAGUCUUCAAACUUUUUUAUCAACAUGAUAUAUUUUUUUCAAUACUCAGCUUCCGUUUUUUUGUAUCGUAAAAGACAUUAUGUAGAUACAUUUUGUCUGAACACAAGUAUUUGUUUUGUCCUUACGGUCUUUAAUAAGACUGACUUGUUGAAGGUACUGUACAACAAUUUCCCUGCAGUCCCCGUUUGAUCCACCCCGAGAAUUCUAUAACCACAUACGCAGAGUGAAACUGUUAAAAGAACGAAUUUGAGGUACCGUGUUGAACAUUUUUACUCACAAGAUUUUGCAAUAAAAUAUAAAUUUCAUUUGUUUAAAAUAGAAAUGUA